AUGGACCCGGAGGAGAGCAAGAUAUCAGUGUGGGUCUGCCGGGAGGAAAAGCUGGUCCUCGGCGUGUCAAAGCGCACCACCUGCGCGGACGUGGUCAGCGUGCUCCUGGAGGACCGGACCUCGCACGGCCUCUCCGCGCAGCAGUCCUACUGCGUCGUGGAGAAAUGGAGAGGGUUCGAGAGGGUCCUGCCCAACAAGACCAAGAUUUUCAAGCUGUGGCUGGCGUGGGCAGAGGAGCAGCGCAACGUGAAGUUCGUCCUGGUGAAGAGCGACGCGUCUCUGGCCGACCGCGGCGCGCGCAGCGCCGAGGCGCGCGUGGUGCCCAGCAAACAGAGCCCCCGGGUGACCAAAGGCCCCCAAAGGACCCCCAUGGGUGGCCUGUCACCCGAAAAGCAGCGUCGGAUCGUCCGGAAAGCUUUCAGAAAGCUCGAGAAGAUCAACAAAAAGAGAACCCGCGCCGCGCAGCGGGACGCGUCCUGCGCAGAGAAGAUGGAAACUUUGGUCCAUCUCGUGGUUUCUCAGGACCACACCAUCCGCCAGCAGGUCCAGAGGAUUACCGAGCUGGACGCAGAGAUCGAGAUGUGCGAGGCCAAAGUGCACUUUGACCGAAUUAAGAGGCACGGGAUUAAUUAUGUGCAGGACACGUAUUUGGUGGACGCGGCUCCCGUCUCGUGCCAAGAGGGAGACGAGCCGGUUUCGAGUGAGACUUUUGCCAACUUGGAGCAGUGCGUCCGGCAGCGGGAGGAGGUGAUUCGGCUGCAGGAGGAGCUGUGGGAGCAGGAGGCCCUGGUGGACGCGGUCACGGCUCAGAUUCAGGAGGAGCUGAACCAGCGCUGGAUGCGGCGGAGGAGAGAGGAGCCGCGGGACCAGCCCUCCCAACCCAGCGGGGUCCAGCCCUGCGUGGACACAGACGCAGCGGAAAACCAGCUGUUUGUGGAGGAGGAGAGGAUCAAAACGCAACUGGACGCGAGUUUAUACAUCGGUCUGCGCCUCAACGCGGAUUUAGUCGCUAUUAGGGGCGAUUUAGAGCUGUCCCAGCAGCUUUGCGAAGCGAGAGAGGAGGAAAUGAGGGAUUUGCUGAAGAAAGUGAACAGUUUGGACAUGGAGGAGGGGGCGGGGGGCGAGGGGAGAUGCGGCGAGGCGGCAGAGGAUAAGACGACAGAGAGCACUUUGGAGAAGAAAAGCGGGUGGGUGGAGCAGGCCAGAGGACUGACCAAAGCUCUCAGUGGCAACGACGACGACUCGGACACUGGAUUAAGUUCCCUCCACAGUCAGGACUCAGACAGCCUCCCGGUGUGGGAGUCACUGGUUUAG